CUUGGGCGCGGCUAAUUAGAAUACUGCCUGGGCCCGCCCAAAGGCCCUCACCGCGCGCCCUCUGACCCGGGAGGAUCCGGUGCUGGGCGGCCCGGCCAGAAGCCGCUUCGCCCGCCGCCGACUCCCCAGGGCCGCCCGGCCAGCUCCGCCAUGGAACCUGCCGGCACCACUGAGGCCACUGGGACAGGCAAGUACAUUGCCUCAACACAGAGACCCGACGGGACCUGGCGCAAGCAACGGAGGGUCAAAGAAGGAUACGUGCCCCAAGAGGAGGUCCCAGUCUAUGAAAACAAGUAUGUCAAGUUUUUCAAGAGUAAACCAGAACUCCCCCCAGGGCUGAGCCCUGAGGCCACCACCCCCGUCACCCCAUCCAGACCCGAAGGUGGUGAAGCAGGCCUCUCCAAGACAGCCAAACGCAACCUGAAGAGGAAGGAGAGGAGGAGGCAGCAGCAGGAGAAAGAGGCAGAGGCUUUGAGUAGGACUCUUGAUAAGGUGUCUCUGGGAGACACGGCCCAAACGCCCAGUGCUCUCCAAGGCUCCCAGGCCACCCCUCUAGCUGCCUCUGAUGGAUCUGACUCUGCUGCCACCACAGAGAAAGCCAAGAAGAUCAAGAAUCUAAGGAAGAAGCUGCGACAGGUGGAGGAGCUGCAGCAGCGCAUCCAGGCGGGGGAGGUCAGCCAGCCCAGCAGAGAGCAGCUGGAGAAGCUGGCCCGGAGGAGGGCCCUGGAGGAGGAGCUGGAGGACUUGGAGCUAGGCCUGUGAGGCUUCCUGAGGAGAGUGGACUGCAGAACAAACCAUGGGGUGCUCUGGGGUCCAGGGAGUGUGGGCCACAGCAGUCAGGAGGGGCACCCCUGUACUGGCUCACUGCCACCUCCUGUGGCCUGACGCC